AUGACUUUCUCGAAAGGAACGGGGCUGCUCUUAGGAUGGUUCGACUACAUCAUGCUGCGCUUCGAUCUUGGUAUGUUCUUGCUGGACCCCUUCCUCGAUAUUUACACCGCGUACCUCUUCUGGUCCUCAGACCAUCCGUGGUUUGCACUUGUUCAGCUGCUGAUCGUCGCACGUGGCAGCUAUGAUCUGUUGCGGCUGCACUGCUCAGAGGGAUGCUGGACGGCCGGGAAGGUAUCACUACAAGCCAACACCUUGACAGACGGUUUCUUUGAACUCUUGCAGAAGGAGAAGACGACAGAAGGGAUCGCAUCUUUGACUCUUUUGGUCUAUGCA